CUGAUUGAGACAUAGUGAGAUUUCUUCUUUCAAACUCACAACAAUGGGAAGCAUAAGCUGUGCUGCAAUUAUAAUCUUGAGUGUUUUAGGCUUUCUGAGUUCUGCUCAAGCUGCUCUGCAAAUGGGCUUUUAUGAUAAAACCUGCCCAAAAGCUGAGAAAUUAGUACUAGAUUUUGUUAAAAAGCAUAUCCCCAAUGCCCCAUCUUUAGCUGCUCCCUUGCUGAGAAUGCAUUUCCAUGACUGCUUUGUGAGGGGUUGUGAUGGAUCAGUUCUCUUGAACUCUACAUCAAAUAACCAAGCUGAAAAAGCUGCAAUUCCAAACCAAACACUUCGAGGUUUCGAUUUCAUUGACAGAGUAAAGAGCUUGUUAGAGUCUGAAUGUCCUGGUGUAGUUUCUUGUGCUGAUAUUAUUGCUUUGGUUGCAAGAGAUGCAGUAGUCACAAUAGGAGGUCCUUCUUGGACAGUUCCAACUGGAAGAAGGGAUGGACUCAUCUCAAAUUCUACAGAGGCUUUAAACAAUAUUCCUGCACCAACUAGCAAUUUCACUACUUUAGUAUCAAAGUUUGCUAACAAAGGACUUAAUGUGAAAGAUCUUGUUCUGUUAUCUGGCGCCCAUACGAUCGGAAUUGCUCACUGCAAUCAAUCAUUCGCCGCCCGUCUCUACAAUUUCAGUGGCACUGGUGGUCAAGAUCCUUCUCUGGAUAGCGAGUAUGCUGUGAAAUUGAAAGCCAAGUGCAUGACUCCACUUGAUAACACCACAAUAUUUGAGAUGAAUCCAGGCAGUUUCAGGACAUUUGAUCUUGGUUACUAUAAACUUGUACUUAAAAGAAGGGGUCUGUUUGUGUCUGAUGCAGCUCUGAUCACAAAUUCUACUUCAAAGUCUGAGAUCAUUCAGCUUGCUCAAGGCUCACUUUCUAGUUUCUAUUCUGAAUUUGCUAAGUCUAUGGAGAAGAUGGGUAAGGUUGGUGUUAAGACUGGAUCAUCAGGUGAGAUUAGGAAGAGUUGUGCAGUUUUGAACAGCUAAAGCUCAUGAGGGUCUGGUUCUGUUCUACUCUACAUGGGCUUCUUUGUAAUACUACAGAUUGUGAUAAAUAAUAGUCCAAUUUUUUCAUUCAGA